UCGCUCGUAAUGGAACCGGAGCAGAAUGUCUGCCGGUAGAAACGGAGCCAUUAAUAGAUGACCGGAAUCUAAACUGGUAUUAAUAAUGGCCGGCCUGCAACCACAGAAUAAAGCAAGUCAUAAAGGUUUGGAACCACUUGAGGGAUGAUCUUCUGAAAAUGUCUCACAGAGAAUCGUGGAAGAUGCAGCACGAGAGGCUACACGUGAAGCACAGAGGUCAUGAGGCCAUGCAUGCAGAGAUGGUCCUGAUUCUCAUCGCUACGCUAGUGGUCGCACAGAUUGUCCUGGUUCAGUGGAAACAAAGACACUGCAGAUCCUACAAUAUGGUCACACUGCUGCAGAUGUGGGUGGUUCCUCUCUACUUCACCAUCAAGCUUUACUGGUGGCGUUUUCUGUCCACAUGGGGCAUGUUCUCCGUCAUCACCAGUUACGUCAUAUUCAGAGCCACACGCAAGCCUCUGUCCUGCAGGACGCCACGGAUGGUGUAUAAGUGGUUCCUCCUCAUCUACAAGCUGAGCUAUGCUGUGGGUGUGAUUGGGUACCUCGCCAUCAUGUUCACCAUGUUUGGAUUCAACGUUUUCUUCAGGAUUAAAGCAGAGGACUCGAUGGAUGUGGGUGUGAUCAUGCUUUUCUAUGGCUUGUAUUAUGGAGUGAUGGGACGUGAUUUUGCAGAAAUCUGCUCAGACUACAUGGCGUCCACUAUAGGGUACUAUAACAUGGGUGAUAUGCCAUCCCGAAACCUCAACAAUGAUGUGUGUGCCGUGUGCGGUCAGAAGAUUUUUGUGGAUGUAGAUGAGGAAGGCAUUAUUGAGGACACCUAUCAGCUCUCCUGCAACCACACAUUUCAUGAAUUCUGUAUUCGUGGCUGGUGCAUCGUGGGAAAAAAGCAAACAUGUCCAUACUGCAAUGAGAAAGUGGACCUCAAACGGAUGAUGAAUAACCCCUGGGAGAGAACUCAUGUUUUAUACGGGCAGCUGCUGGACUGGCUCAGGUAUCUGGUGGCCUGGCAGCCAAUCAUCAUCGGAAUCGUCCACGGGAUAAACUUUUCACUCGGACUUGAAUAAGCCUCUCCAGUAUUUGAUUCUGUUUACAGCUGUGCAUGUGUUCACCUUUAUAAAUAUUUAUCAGAGAAUUGUACACUUUAUAAUAUAAAUCAGACAGCUGCUUUUGCUUUUUAAUUUAUUAGAAACAUGGAACAGGCUUUUUUCAGAAGUGUCUUAAUGCUGAAACAGAAGACGUACAGAAGCAAAUCUAAACCUCUUUUUAUCACUCCUAAUCCAGAUUGUGCCUCAUCUUGUUUGUUCUGUUCAUUUGUUGAAUUGUGUAGCAUUUGUUAUGGUCUGUUUUAAGUAGCUGUGAAUUUUGAGUGGUUAUGUUCUUACUGUAUGUGUUUUUGUCUGUACAAUGAUGAGAGGUGAAGGGGAUUGCCAAAGGUGUACUGGAGUCAGUAUUUUUUUGGUUUAUGUUGAGCCAAAAAAACAUGUUUAACCCCAUAAUGCGCUCCGUUUAAAUUAAAACUAUUUUCAUGUGGCUACUGAUA